ACAAAAUUUUAGAGAUUGCAUAGGAACAUUUUGCCCUUGCACUUUGAGUUAACAAUUAUCAAAAUAUACCUAUCUAACUGCCUUUAGGAUAAUAGGUUCCCUUCAAUAUAGACCAAAGAAUUAAUUUUUUUAGAUGUUGGAGUGAGAUUUUUGGUCAACACUUAGAAAGGCAAAAAAUGGAAUCAAUAGCAAGUAGGGAAAAAAACAAGUAAAGAAGUGUUGAAUGACAAUCAAUUUAUCUAAUCCUUUUUAGAAUAUGGAGCUACAUUUCUACCCGAAGAAGCAGCCGAAGGAGAGUGGAAUAUGAAUACAACUUUGCAACAUUUGAUAGGAAAAGCAUGAUAUGGAAGAAUUACUAAAACGUAUUGGAGAAGAUUGAUUUGACUACUUUUGAAACAUCUAAAGCCUAAAUAACUUAUGCUGAAUAUUUAGAAUUGAAGAAAUGAUCAAUAUAUAUAAAUUAUGAAUGAUGAUUUUGAUAAUAUUGCAUUCAUCCCUAAUCAAAUCGCAGAAUAGGCAUUCUUAAAAGGGGUUACAGAAGGAAAAGCUAAAGUUGACACCAAUAUAUACAACGAUUCAUACACAAAAGGAUGGAAUAAAGGAGCUAUUGUGGGCAUGAUUGAAUCCCAAAUCUCAGUUUUGAAAAUCAUUGAUCCUACCCUUUAAACUCAAAAAUACGAAGAACAGUUAAAAAAUUUGGAAUAAAUCGAGGACCUAAUCAAUUUAAGGAAAACCCUAACAAAGCUGCAACCAUUAAAAGGGCUUAUAUAAUUAAAAAAACAAAGUUUGGAUUUCUGA